AUGAUGAAGCAAAAACCAAGAGCCCAAGCCGAUAGAAUCGAUGAUGCAACUUGGAAUCAGCACCGCGAGACCAUCCACCGCCUCUUCAUCCUUGAGAACCGCAAACUCGAAGGACCUGAAGGCGUGAUGGAGGUGAUGUCCAGAGUCCAUAGCUUUCACUGGUCAUCUUCUAGCAAAGCGCAGUAUGAAGCUCGUCUUCGAUCUUGGAAUCUUCGGAAGAAGAUCACAGAACGAGAGUGGGCUGUUGUUCUUUUACACGUACAUACAAGGGCACGGCACGGCAAAAAGACUCUUGUCAUAUUUAACGGCGCGCUUCUGGACGAGGAACGGGUUACGAGAGAAAUCAACCGACGCCUCUCAAGAUACCAUGGGCGUCCGAACAUCUUACAAGACCUUCCCAGGAUACCCCUCGGCUUCAGGUUGGAGUCCCCGCCAAGUUCUCCCGUUCCAUAUGCAGAUAAUGCCAUAUCCGGUCACAAUCCCACAGACUGUGUAGAUCCGGAUCUCCUUCUGGCAAUC